AUCCGUCUCCUGUAAAGUCAUUGCCGGGCGAGCUUUGGGGUUCCUCCACCAAGACUGCCUUGUUCCAUAACAACUAGCCGGGUAAGCGGCAGCCGUGUGGCCCUGCCCAGAAUGGGGCGGCUUCGACAGGUGUGACACACUGGCGAAAUAAAGGAACCUGAGCCACACCUGCAGAUUCAGUGUGGCCGGUCAAUCCUGCUGUGAAAGUGACGGAGCGGCGUGGGACAAGACGACGAGCGAGUCCAGGCCAAAACAAGUGUCUUACAGAGCAAGAGAUCUGCAGCACCUCAAAGCAGCGUACCCCCCUGACUAGUUCAACAUGUGCCUUGGUGACCACAAAGACUGGAAGAUGAUGGCAAUUCUGGAGACGGGUGCUUUGAUGGAGAAUCAGUUUGAGGACAACACUUCUCAUUUCCUGUCCAUCUUGAUCUUUAAGCUGUGCCUCAACUGCCUGAUUGUACUGGCGACUCACUGCAGCCUGAGGAAGUCCUUCAUUGGCUACUUCUGCCUGUCUUUGUUCUUUGCGGACUUUCUCUUGUUCUGUUCAGCGGGGUCCAUCUGGUUGCUCAAGAACCCAGGAGACACCCCUGGGUCACUGUGCUUUGUACUAUCCCACUUCUCCACAGUCUACAGCCUGCUUCCAGUCCCGGUGCUCAUCUUGGGGUUCCUCGAUCACUUUGUGAAUCUCUCUUCCAGUGCUUAUCCAGUGCCUUCUAAAAGAGCCGCCCUCUACUGCACCGAAAUGAUGCUUGUGUGGGCCUUUGCGGUGUUCUACACAAUUCAGAACAAUGACUCCAAAGUCCACGAGGCCACCCUCUCUAAUAACAAGUUGGCUCUACUCUGCCCAAUUCAUGGCUCCCAAACAUCAACAUUCUUCUGCCUGGCACUCAUUCUGCUGAUUGUCUGGGUGGGAGUCACCAGCUGGCAGCUGCUACCAACUUUAUGUAAAGCAAUCAGUAACAUGGAUUUGGAGGAAGAUCCUCAGCCCACUGUCCUACAGAGCGACUUGCCUUUCUUCCAUAAGUCACCUCCCGAGCAACAGAGAAGCCUGGCAGUGUCAAGCUUGGCACUAGCACAGGGCACUAGAAAGCAGCUCCUCUUGAGCAUCACUCUGGGAUUCAGCAUCAACUGGAUUACGUUCUUGCUGGUUAACUCCAUCAGCCUCCUGCUAGACCUCGCUAUUCCUUCUUACAUGAGUUUCAACCUUUUGUGGCUCUUGUGUGUUAACAGCUUCUUCAUUGCCAUCAUAUACUGGUACAAAUCAGACCACCUGGGCACCACCCACAGCUUUCCUGAUGACAUCUGUAGAUGGAGCUUCUACAAGCACGUAAGCAGAGAAAUUUUUCCAGCGUCUCAAAGCUCACCACCCCAUGGUAUCUACUCAGUAUAUGGUCAAGAACAAAAAGAGGGCUUGCUUGUGUGAGACCCCUGGCUGAAGUGUGACGAAGCAAAGGCCUCAUGUACGUGCAUAAGAUUUACUCUGGUGGUCAGGCAUGCAGAAGUCUCCUAUAGUACAAAAUUCUGCUCUACCUUUUUUUCCAGGACUACUGCAAGGGUGCUUUAGCUCAGCAUGUAUGUAUCUCCCACCAUGCUCAUCAUGUUUGCAGAAUGGCGAAUUCUGCUUUACAAUGGCGCAUGAUGAAGGGAAUGCUUAUGUCUGAACACAAGCAAGUGGAACAACACAAAAGCUCUAAAAGCAGCACACAUGCAAUGAGAAGCAAAACAAAAUGCAGCGAUGACCACCUGUAGCCAUAAACAAAACUGACUACAACUCCUAAUAGCCGUCAGCCAGCCAGUACGGACA